GGCUCUUGCCUGGGGUUCUCAGGAGGGGAGAGUUGAGAGAGGCUUUGCUGCUGAGGAAAUUUAUUUGAUAGUUUAAAGGUUUGCACAAGAGCUACAGAAACAGAAGAGAAAAGGCCGUGCAAGCCAAUGGUGUUCGGAAAGAAAACAGCCCCAUUGCCUUGAGUUUGUAGGUGCCACUACUACUCUGGGAAAAUGGCAGAUGAUGAAGAUUAUGAGGAGGUGGUGGAGUACUACACACAAGAGACAGUCUAUGAAGAGGUGCCAGGGGAGACAAUAACAGAAGUCUAUGAAACCACAACAACAAGGACAACAGGAUCUGACUAUGAGCAACCCAAAACUUCCAAACCAGCGCUGGCACAGCCAGUACCGGCAAAGCCGGUGGGGAGGAAGAGGGUUAUCCGGAAGAAAGUGGACCCUUCAAAGUUCAUGACUCCCUACAUUGCACACAGUCAGAAAAUGCAGGAUCUCUUUAGCACGAAUAAAUACAAGGAGAAAUUUGAGAAAGCAAAAGGACAGCCAUACGCCAUCACAACUGAUACCCCAGAACUUCGCAGAAUCAAGAAAGUACAAGAUCAACUCAGUGAGGUUAAGUAUCGAAUAGAUGGUGAUGUUGCUAAAACUAUUUGUCACGUAGAUGAAAAAGCAAAGGACAUUGAACAUGCCAAGAAAGUGUCGCAGCAAGUCAGCAAGGUUUUAUACAAGCAAAACUGGGAGGACACCAAGGAUAAGUACCUGCUUCCUCCUGAUGCCCCUGAACUUGUCCAAGCCAUUAAGAACACAGCCAUGUUCAGUAAGAAACUGUACACUGAAGACUGGGAAGCAGACAAAACUUUAUUUUACCCAUAUAACGACAGCCCGGAGCUGAGGAGGGUUGCCCAAGCCCAGAAAGCUCUCAGUGAUAUCGCCUACAAAAAAGGUCAUGCUGAACAGCAAACUCAAUUCACAUCCCUGCCAGAUCCUCCAGAUAUACAAUUUGCCAAGAAAGUGGCCGAUCAAGUGAGCAAGCAAAAAUACAAGGAAGACUAUGAAAAUAAAAUCAAAGGCAAAUGGAGUGAGACGCCUUGCUUUGAAGUUGCAACUGCCAGAAUGAAUUCUGACAACAUCAGCACAAGGAAAUACCAGGAAGACUUUGAGAACAUAAAGGACCACAUCUACUUCAUGCAGACCGAAACACCAGAGUACAAAGUCAGUAAACAAGCUGGGAUAACGGCCAGCAAGGUAAAAUACAAAGAAGACUAUGAAAAGAGUAAAGGAAAAGCAGAUUACAAUGUACUUCCUGCUACAGAGAACCCACUGCUCAGGCAGCUGAAGGUGGCAGGAAAGGCCCUAAGUGAUAAAUUAUACAAGGAAAACUAUGAAAAGACAAAAGCAAAGAGCAUAAAUUACUGUGAGACACCCAAAUUUCAGGCGGAUACAGCUCUGCAAAACUUCAGUAGUGAUAAUAAAUAUAAAGAUUCCUACUUAAAGAAUAUUUUGGGACAUUAUGUAGGCAGCUUUGAGGAUCCAUAUUAUACACAUUGCAUGAAAGUCACAGCUGAAAACAGAGAUAAAAAUUACAGAGCUGAAUAUGAAGAGGACAGAGGCAAAGGCUUCUUCCCCCAGACCAUAACUCAAGAAUAUGAAACAAUCAAGAAACUAGAUAAAUGCAAAGAUAAUAUCUACAAAGUCCACCCAGACAAGACAAAAUUCACUCAAGUUCCUGACUCUCCUAUUUUGAUGCAAGCCCAAAUCAAUUCCAAACAACUGAGUGAUCUAAAUUACAAAGCAAAACACGAAAAUGAAAAAUUCAAGUGCCAUAUUCCCCCAGAUACUCCCGCCUUCAUUCAACACAAAGUCAAUGCUUAUAAUCUGAGUGAUAAUGCUUACAAGGAAGACUGGGAGAAGAGCAAAGCUAAGAAGUUUGACAUUAAAGUGGACGCCAUUCCCCUGCUGGCAGCCAAAGCCAACAGCAGGAAUGUUAGUGAUGUGAUGUACAAGAAAGACUAUGAAAAAAGCAAAGGGAAAAUGAUUGGAGCCCUCAGCAUUAAUGACGAUCCCAAGAUGCGGCACUCUUUGCAGACAGCAAGAAACCAGAGUGAUAGAUUAUACAAGGAAAACUAUGAGAAGACAAAGGCAAAGAGCGUGAAUUACUGCGAGACUCCUAAAUAUCAACUUGACACUCUGCUGAAGAACUUUGGCGAGAAUAAAUAUAAGGAUUCAUAUGUAAAGAAUAUCUUGGGACAUUACGUGGGCAGCUUUGAAGACCCAUAUCAAAUUCACUGCAGGAACGUUUCCGCCCAAAACAGUGACAAAAACUACAAAGCAGAAUAUGAAGAAGAUAAAGGGAAAUGCUACUUCCCUCAGACAAUAACUCAAGAAUAUGAAGCAAUCAAGAAGCUAGACCAGUGUAAAGAUCAUACCUACAAAGUUCAUCCAGAUAAGACCAAGUUCACGGCCGUCACUGACUCUCCUGUACAGUUGCAAGCCCAGCUCAAUACGAAACAACUUAGUGAUCUGAAUUACAAAGCAAAACAUGAAAGUGAGAAGUUCAAGUGCAAUGUACCUGCAGAUGCUCCACAGUUUAUCCAACAUAGAGUCAAUGCUUAUAACCUGAGUGAUAAUGUUUAUAAGCAUGACUGGGAGAAGAGCAAAGCUAAGAAGUUUGACAUUAAAGUGGACGCCAUUCCCCUGCUGGCAGCCAAAGCCAACAGCAGGAACGUCAGUGAUGUGAUGUACAAGAAAGACUUUGAAAAAAGCAAAGGGAAAAUGAUUGGAGCCCUCAGCAUUAAUGAUGACCCCAAGAUGCUGCACUCUUUGAAAACAGCCAAAAACCAGAGUGAUCGUGAAUACCGUAAAGAUUAUGAAAAGUCAAAAAUGAUCUACACGGCACCGCUUGAUAUGGUCCAAAUCACUCAUGCAAAGCAAUCUCAGGCAAUUGCCAGUGACGUGGACUAUAAGCAUCUCAUACACAAUUAUAGCUACCCACCAGAUAGCAUCAACGUGGACCUCGCCAAAAAGGCUUAUGCACUGCAGAGCGAUGUUGAAUACAAAGCUGACUACAAUAGCGGGAUGAAAGGUUGUGGCUGGGUUCCAUAUGGAUCCUUAGAAAUGGAAAAGGCUAAGAGAGCUUCAGACAUUCUUAAUGAGAAAAAAUACCGCCAACAACCAGACACUCUCAAGUUCACCUCGAUUGAAGACGCUCCUAUCACAGUACAGUCUAAAAUCAACCAGGCCCAGAGGAGCGAUAUUGUUUACAAAGCCAAAGGAGAGGAAAUUCUUCACAAAUACAACUUGCCAGCUGACUUGCCCCAGUUCAUUCAGGCUAAAGUCAAUGCCUACAAUAUCAGUGAGAAUAUGUACAAAAUGGACUUGAAAGACUUGAGCAAGAAGGGAUAUGACCUGAGGACUGAUGCAAUUCCAAUCAAAGUUGCCAAGGCUGCCAGGCAGGCGGCGAGUGAUGUUCAAUACAAGAAAGAUUAUGAAAAAGCCAAAGGGAAAAUGAUUGGUUUCCAAAGUCUACAAGAUGAUCCAAAACUGGUUCACUAUGUGAAAGUGGCCAAGCUACAAUCAGACCGGGAGUACAAAAAAGACUAUGAGAAGACAAAGACCAAGCACAGCACGCCUCAUGACAUGUUCAACGUUGUGGCAGCUAAGAAAGCUCAGGAUGUUGUCAGCAAUGUCAACUAUAAGCAUCUUCUCCAUCAUUACACCUACCUGCCUGAUGCCAUGGGCCUGGAGUUGUCUAAAAACAUGAUGUACAUACAGAGUGAUAAUGCCUACAAGGAAGACUAUAACUCCUGGAUGAAAGGCAUUGGCUGGAUCCCUAUUGGCAGUCUUGACGUAGAAAAAGUUAGAAAGGCGGGAGAUGCCCUGAAUGAAAAGAAGUACAGGCAGCAUCCGGACACCCUCAAAUUUACCAGCAUUGUUGACUCUCCAGUUAUGGUUCAGGCCAAACAGAACACGAAGCAGCUUAGCGAUAUCUUAUACAAAGCUAAAGGUGAAGAUGUGAAGCAUAAAUGCACAAUGAGUCCUGAUCUUCCUCAGUUUCUCCAGGCCAAGUGCAAUGCUUACAAUAUCAGUGAUGUAUGUUAUAAACGGGACUGGCAUGAUUUAAUAGCCAAGGGCAACAAUGUGCUGGGUGACGCUAUUCCCAUCACUGCGGCCAAGGCGUCAAGAAACAUUGCCAGUGAUUAUAAAUACAAGGAAGCUUAUGAAAAGUCAAGGGGAAAGCAUGUGGGUUUCAGAAGUCUCCAAGACGAUCCCAAACUAGUCCAUUAUAUGAAUGUGGCAAAGAUGCAGUCUGAUCGUGAAUACAAGAAGAACUACGAGAACACCAAAACUAGCUAUCAUACCCCUGGGGACAUGGUCAGCAUUACAGCUGCAAAGAUGGCCCAGGAUGUUGCCACCAAUGUCAACUACAAACAGCCGUUACAUCGCUACACAUACCUACCUGAUGCCCUGAGUCUCGAGCAUAGCAAGAAUGUGAAUCAAAUUCAGAGUGAUAAUGUAUAUAAAGACGAAUAUAACAGCUUCUUCAAGGGCAUUGGAUGGCUUCCUAUUGGUUCUCUGGAGGUCGAGAAAGCCAAGAAAGCAGGCGAAGCAUUAAAUGAGAAGAAGUAUCGACAGCACCCAGACACCAUCAAGUUCACAAGUGUGCCUGACUCGAUGGGUAUGGUUUUGGCUCAGAAGAACACAAAGCAGCUGAGUGAUUUGAACUACAAGGUGGAGGGGGAGAAGCUGAAACACAAGUACACUAUGGACCCCGAAUUGCCUCAGUUUAUUCAAGCCAAGGUCAAUGCUCUCAACAUGAGUGAGGCUCAUUAUAAAGCAGACUGGAAGAAAACCAUUGCUAAGGGCUAUGAUUUGAGACCAGAUGCUAUUCCAAUAGUUGCCGCAAAAAGUUCACGGAAUAUUGCUAGUGAUUGCAAAUAUAAGGAGGCUUAUGAGAAAGCCAAAGGCAGACAAAUUGGAUUUCUUAGUCUUCAGGAUGACCCUAAGCUGGUUCACUACAUGACUGUGGCUAAAAUACAGUCAGAUCGUGAGUACAAAAAGGGCUACGAAGCCACCAAGACCAGGUAUCACAUACCCUUGGAUAUGGUCAGUAUGACAACUGCCAAGAAAUCUCAGGAAGCCACUACCAACACCAACUAUAGACAGCCCUUCCACAGCUACACGCUGCUGCCGGAUGCCAUGAAUGUGGAGCACUCCAAGAAUGCGAUGCAGAUUCAGAGCGAUAACCUAUACAGAUCUGACUUCACCAACUGGAUGAAAGGGAUUGGCUGGAUCCCCAUACAGUCACUGGAGGUGGAGAAGGCAAAGAAAGCGGGAGAGAUACUGAGUGAGAAGAAAUAUCGCCAGCACCCGGAGAAGCUGAAGUUUACCUACUCCAUGGACACAAUGGAACAAGUACUCAACAAGAGUAACAAACUGAAUAUGGAUAAGAGACGCUACACUGAAAAAUGGAACAAAGACAAGACCACCAUUCAUGUCAUGCCUGAUACUCCAGAUAUUUUACUCUCCAGAGUAAACCAAAUCACCAUGAGUGAUAAACUGUACAAAGCAGGCUGGGAAGAAGAAAAGAAGAAAGGAUAUGACCUGAGGCCCGAUGCUAUCCCAAUAAAGGCUGCAAGAGCCUCUAGAGACAUUGCCAGUGAUUACAAAUACAAGAAAGCCUAUGAACAAACCAGAGGGAAACACAUUGGCUUCCAGAGCCUAGAAGAUGACCCCAAACUAGUGCACUUCAUGCAGGUGGCCAAGAUGCAGUCAGACCGGGAAUACAAGAAGGGAUACGAAAAAUCCAAGACACAUUUCCACACCCCAGUGGACAUGUUAAGUGUGGUGGCUGCCAAGAAGUCUCAGGAAGUGGCCACCAACACCAACUACAGAAAUGUGAUCCACACCUACAACAUGCUUCCUGAUGCCAUGAACUUUGAAUUGGCCAAGAAUAUGAUGCGGAUCCAAAGUGAUAAUCAGUACAAAGCUGACUAUGCUGACUUCAUGAAGGGUGUUGGAUGGCUCCCUCUGGGUUCCUUGGACGCUGAGAAAAACAAGAAAGCCAUGGAGAUUAUUAGUGAAAGGAAGUACCGCCAGCACCCAGACACUUUGAAGUAUUCCACACUGAUGGACUCAAUGAAUAUGGUCUUGGCCCAGAAAAAUGCAAAAAUUAUGGAUGAACACCUAUACAAACAAGCGUGGGAGGCUGACAAGACCAAAGUUCACAUCAUGCCUGAUAUCCCCCAGAUUAUUUUGGCAAAGGCAAAUGCUAUUAAUAUGAGUGAUAAACUCUACAAACUUUCUUUGGAAGAGUCUAGAAAGAAAGGCUAUGAUCUCAGAAGUGAUGCAAUUCCUAUCAAAGCUGCCAGGGCUUCAAGAGAUAUUGCAAGUGAUUAUAACUACAAGUACAAUUAUGAAAAGGAGAGGGGGAAAAUGGUUGGUUUCCGAAGUCUUGAGGAUGACCCUAAAUUAGUCCAUUCCAUGCAAGUGGCUAAGAUGCAAUCUGAUCGAGAGUACAAGAAAAACUAUGAGAAGACAAAGACCAGUUACCACACCCCUGCCGACAUGCUCAGUGUCACAGCCGCCAAGGAUGCCCAAGCCAACAUCAGCAACACUGACUACAAACACCUGAUUCACAAGUACAUCCUCCUUCCAGAUGCAAUGAACCUUGAGCUGGCCAGGAAUAUGAAUCGCAUUCACAGUGAUAAUGAAUAUAAACAGGACUACAAUGAAUGGUACAAAGGGCUUGGCUGGAGUCCAGCUGGUUCUCUAGAAGUGGAGAAGGCCAAGAGGGCAACUGAAUAUGCAAGUGACCAGAACUACCGCCAGCACCCAAGCAACUUCCCAUUUAAGAAGCUGAGUGACUCCAUGGACAUGGUGCUUGCCAAGAAGAAUGCGCACACCAUGAACAAGCAUUUAUACACCAUUGAUUGGAAUAAAGAUAAGACCAAGAUUCAUGUCAUGCCAGACACACCAGAUAUUUUACAGGCCAAGCAGAAUCAAACACAGUACAGUCAGAAACUCUAUAAACUUGGAUGGGAGGAAGCUUUGAAGAAAGGCUAUGAUCUCCCAGUUGAUGCAAUUUCCGUACGGCUGGCCAAAGCUUCAAGAGAUAUUGCUAGUGAUCAUAAAUACAAACAAGGCUACCGCAAGCAACUUGGCCACCAUGUUGGAUUCCGGACGGUGGAAGAUGACCCAAAGCUUGUAUUAUCCAUGAAUGUAGCCAAAAUGCAGAGCGAAAGAGAAUACAAGAAAGAUUUUGAGAAGUGGAAGACCAAGUACACCAGUCCAGUGGACAUGUUGGGAGUGGUCUUAGCCAAAAAAUGUCAGGAGUUGGUCAGUGACGUGGACUACAGGAAUAGGCUGCAUCAAUGGACGUGUCUACCCGACCAGAAUAAUGUUAUUCAUGCUAAAAAAGCUUACGAACUACAGAGUGAGAAUAUGUAUAAGUCCGACCUUGAGUGGCUGAAAGGCAUAGGAUGGAGUCCUCUGGGUUCUUUGGAGUCAGAAAAAAACAAGCGGGCUUCAGAAAUCAUCAGUGAUAAGAAAUACCGUCAGCCACCAGACAAAAACAAGUUCACCAGCAUUCCUGAUGCCAUGGACAUGGUUUUGGCAAAGACAAAUGCCAAAAAUAGGAGUGAUAGACUUUAUAGAGAAGCUUGGGACAAGGACAAGACUCAAAUCCACAUCAUGCCUGAUACACCUGGCAUUAUUCUGGCUAAGGCAAACUUAACCAAUAUAAGUGAUAAACUCUACCGAAUGGGCUAUGAAGAGUUGAAGAAAAAAGGUUACGAUCUUCCUCUUGAUGCCAUACCAAUCAAAGCAGCAAAGGCAUCCCGGGAUAUUGCCAGCGAAUACAAGUACAAGGAAGGUUUUCGCAAGCAGCUUGGCCACCACAUUGGAGCCCGGAACAUUGAAGACGACCCGAAGAUGAUGUGGUCCAUGCAUGUGGCCAAGAUCCAGAGUGACAGGGAGUACAAGAAGGACUUUGAGAAGUGGAAGACCAAGUUCAGUAGCCCAGUGGACAUGCUGGGGGUGGUACUGGCCAAGAAGUGCCAGACCUUGGUCAGUGACAUAGACUACAAGAACGUCCCUCAUCAGUGGACAUGCCUGCCCGACCAGAACGACGUCACUCACGCUCGACAGGCCUAUGACCUCCAGAGUGACAAUUUGUACAAGUCCGAUCUUCACUGGCUAAAAGGCAUUGGUUGGUUGCCUAGUGGUUCUCUUGAGGAUGAGAAGAACAAAAGAGCUGCCCAAAUUUUGAGUGACCACGUUUACCGUCAACACCCAGAUAAAUUCAAGUUUUCUAGCCUAAUGGACUCCAUACCAAUGGUUUUGGCAAAAAACAAUGCUAUUACCAUGAACCACCGCCUCUACACAGAAGCUUGGGAUAAAGAUAAAACCACUGUCCACAUUAUGCCAGAUACCCCUGAAGUUAUACUAGCUAAACAAAACAAAAUAAACUAUAGUGAGAAACUAUAUAAAUUUGGCCUAGAAGAAGCCAGGAAGAGAGGCUGUGAUGUGCGCCUAGACGCCAUUCCCAUCAAGGCAGCCAAGGCUUCCAGAGAUAUUGCAAGCGAAUUCAAAUACAAACAAGGCUAUCGCCAGCAACUUGGCCACCACAUUGGUGCCCGAGCUAUUCAUGAUGACCCGAAGAUGAUGUGGUCCAUGCAUGUGGCCAAGAUCCAGAGUGACAGGGAGUACAAGAAGGACUUUGAGAAGUGGAAGACCAAGUUCAGCAGCCCAGUAGACAUGCUGGGGGUGGUCCUGGCCAAGAACUCUCAGGCCUUGGUCAGUGACGUGGACUAUAGAAACAUCCUGCAUCAGUGGACAUGCCUGCCUGACCAAAACAACGUCAUCCACGCUCGGCAGGCCUACGACCUCCAGAGCGACAAUUUGUACAAGUCAGAUCUCCAAUGGUUGAGAGGCAUUGGCUGGGUGCCCCUCGGCUCUCUAGAUGUGGAAAAAUGCAAAAGAGCAACCGAAAUUUUGAGUGAUAAAAUCUACCGCCAGCCUCCAGACACACUGAAAUUUACCAGUGUGACUGAUUCUCUGGAACAAGUGUUGGCCAAGAACAAUGCCAUCAACAUGAACAAGCGCUUAUACACAGAAGCCUGGGACAAAGACAAGACCCAAAUCCACAUCAUGCCUGAUACACCUGAAAUUAUGUUGGCCAGACAAAAUAAAAUAAAUUAUAGUGAGAGCCUCUAUCGCCAGGCCAUGGAAGAAGCCAAGAAAGAAGGCUAUGACUUGAGAAGUGAUGCCAUUCCCAUUGUGGCUGCAAAGGCCUCCCGGGAGAUUGCCAGUGAUUACAAAUACAAAGAAGCUUAUCGUAAGCAGCUGGGCCACCACAUUGGCGCCCGAGCUAUACAUGAUGAUCCCAAGAUAAUGUGGUCCCUCCACGUUGCAAAAAUGCAGAGUGACCGAGAGUAUAAGAAAGACUUUGAGAAAUACAAGACAAGGUACAGCAGCCCAGUGGACACGCUUGGUAUAGUCUUGGCCAAGAACUGUCAGACCUUGGUCAGUGAUGUGGACUACAAGCAUCCUCUGCAUGAAUGGACCUGCCUGCCUGACCAAAAUGAUAUCAUUCAUGCACGGAAAGCCUAUGACCUCCAGAGUGAUAAUUUGUAUAAGUCAGACCUUGAAUGGAUGAAAGGCAUUGGCUGGGUUCCAAUUGAUUCCUGGGAAGUUGUUAAAGCCAAGAGGGCCACAGAGAUACUGAGUGAUAAUAUCUACCGUCAGCGUCCAGACCGACUCAAAUUCACCAGUGUACCUGACACUGUAGAGCAAAUGCUGGCAAAGAACAAUGCUAUAAUCAUGAAUAAGCAUUUAUAUACUGAAGCCUGGGACAAUGACAAGAAAACAAUCCACAUCAUGCCCGAUACACCAGAAAUCAUGCUAGCCAAACUCAACCGAAUAAACUACAGUGAUAAACUCUAUAAACUGGCUUUGGAGGAGUCUAAGAAGGAAGGCUGUGACUUGCGUUUGGACGCCAUUCCAAUCCAAGCAGCCAAGGCUUCAAGAGAUAUUGCUAGUGAUUACAAGUACAAGGAAGACUACCGCAAACAGCUUGGCCACCACAUUGGGGCCCAGAAGGUUGAGGACGACCCCAAAAUAAUGUGGUCCAUCCAUGCGGCCAAGAUCCAGAGUGACAGAGAGUACAAGAAGGACUUUGAGAAGUGGAGGACCAAGUUCAGCAGCCCAGUGGACAUGCUGGGGUUGGUUCUGGCCAAGAAGUGUCAGAUCCUUGUAAGCGACGUAGACUAUAAGCAUCCUCUACAUGAAUGGCUUUGCCUGCCGGAUCAGAAUGACAUCAUCCAGGCUCGGAAGGCCUAUGACCUGCAGAGUGAUGCUAUUUACAAGGCUGAUCUUGAGUGGCUGAGAGGCAUCGGAUGGGUUCCCAUUGGCUCUGUAGAGGUCGAGAAGGUGAAGAGAGCUGGAGACAUACUGAGUGAGAGGAAGUACCGCCAGCCUGCAGACCAGCUCAAAUUCACAUGCAUUACAGAUACUCCAGAAAUUGUCCUGGCAAAGAACAAUAGCCUGACAAUGAGCAAGCACUUAUAUACAGAAGCCUGGGAUGCUGACAAAACCUCUAUUCACGUGAUGCCCGACACUCCUGAGAUCAAGCUGGCCAAGAGCAAUGCUGCCAAUAUCAGCCAAAAACUUUACACUAAAGGAUGGGAUGAAUCAAAGAUGAAGGACUAUGAUCUGAGAGCUGAUGCUAUUUCCAUCAUAAGUGCCAAGGCCUCGAGGGAUAUAGCCAGUGAUUACAAAUACAAAGAAGCAUAUGAGAAACAGAGAGGCCACCACAUUGGAGCCCAGAGCAUUGAAGAUGACCCCAGGAUUGUGUGUGCCAUACACGCAGGGAAGAUUCAAAGUGAAAGGGAGUACAAGAAGGAUUUCCAGAAGUGGAAGACAAAGUUCAGUAGCCCAGUGGACAUGUUAGGCAUCUCGCUGGCCAAAAAAUGUCAGAUUCUGGUCAGUGACAUUGAUUAUCGCAAUUACCUGCACCACUGGACAUGCCUACCUGAUCAAAAUGACAUUAUCCAAGCAAGGAAGGCCUAUGAACUGCAGAGUGAUAACGUAUAUAAAGCAGACCUGGAAUGGCUGCGUGGCAUCGGCUGGAUGCCGGAAGGCUCAGUAGAAAUGCACAGAGUGAAGGUUGCUCGGGACCUCCUGAAUGAAAGACUCUAUAGAACACGACCAGAAGCUUUGAAAUUCACUUCCAUUGUUGACACCCCAGAAGUUGUCCUGGCAAAAGCCAAUUCUCUGCAAAUGAGUGGGAAGCUGUAUCAGGAAGCCUGGAAUAAAGAUAAGGCUAACAUCAGCAUCCCUUCUGACACGCCCACCAUGCUGCAGGCCCACAUCAAUGCCUUGCACAUCAGCAAUAAACUCUACCAGAAAGACUGGGAUGAUGUCAAGCAGAAAGGCUACGAUAUAAGAGCAGAUGCUAUUGAAAUCACACAUGCGAAAGCUUCAAGAGAAAUUGCCAGUGAGUACAAAUACAAAGAAGGUUACCGUAAGCAACUGGGCCACCACGUGGGUUUCCGCACUCUACAAGAUGACCCCAAGUUGGUAUGGUCUAUACAUGCUGCCAAGAUCCAGAGUGACAGAGAAUACAAGAAAGCUUAUGAGAAGUCUAAAGGAAUUCACAAUACACCAUUGGACAUGAUGUCCAUUGUUCAGGCCAAGAACUGCCAGGUCCUAGUUAGUGACAUUGAUUAUCGCAAUUACCUACACCAAUGGACGUGUCUGCCAGAUCAGAAUGAUGUGAUCCAGGCGAAGAAAGCCUAUGAACUGCAGAGCGAUGCCAUCUACAAGGCUGACUUGGAGUGGUUGCGUGGCAUUGGCUGGAUGCCCCAAGGGUCUCCUGAAGUACUGAGAGUCAAAAAUGCCCAGCAGAUCCUACUAGACAGUGUCUAUCGGACACCUGUGGUGAAACUUAAAUAUACUAGUAUUGUUGACACUCCUGAAGUUGUCCUCGCUAAAUCAAAUGCUGAAAAUAUUAGUAUUCCAAAGUACAGAGAAGUUUGGGACAAGGAUAAAACUUCCAUCAGCAUAAUGCCAGAUACUCCAGAAAUUAAGCUAGCGAGAGCAAAUGCUCUUAAUGUGAGCAAUAAACUUUACCGAGAAGGUUGGGAUGAGAUGAAGAUGAGCUGUGAUGUACGGCUAGAUGCCAUCCCUAUUCAGGCUGCCAAAGCCUCCCGGGAGAUUGCCAGUGACUAUAAAUACAAGCUUGACCAUGAGAAGCAGAAGGGACACUAUGUGGGCACCCUCACAGCCAGGGAUGACAACAAGAUCCGCUGGGCCCUCAUAGCUGGCAAGAUUCAGAAUGAAAGAGAGUACCGGCUGCACUGGGCCAAAUGGAAGACCAAGUUCCAAAGCCCUGUGGAUAUGCUUUCCAUCUUACAUUCUAAAAAUUCUCAGGCUCUGGUCAGCGACAUCGAUUACCAUAACUACCUACACAGGUGGACAUGCCUGCCUGACCAGAACGACGUGAUUCAGGCCAGGAAAGCCUAUGAACUGCAAAGUGAUGCUGUUUACAAGGCUGACUUGGAAUGGUUACGCGGGAUUGGGUGGAUGCCAAGUGGUUCUGUUUCUGUCAAUCACGCCAAACAUGCUGCAGAUAUCUUCAGUGAGAAAAAAUAUCGCACAAAAAUAGAAACUCUUAACUUUACCCCUGUGGAUGACAGAGUUGAUUAUGCGACAGCAAAACAUAGUGGGGAGAUCCUAAAUGAUAUUAAAUACCGGAAAGAUUGGAAUGACAACAAAUCAAAGUACACCCUCACAGAAACCCCCCUGCUGCACACUGCCCAGGAGGCAGCCCGGAUACUGGACCAGUACCUGUACAAGGAAAGCUGGGACAAACAAAAAGCCACAGGUUAUAUUUUGCCUCCCGAUGCUGUGCCGUUUGUUCAUGCCAAUCACUCUCGUGAUGUUCAGAGUGAGCUGAAAUACAAAGCUGAGCACGUAAAGCAGAGAGGCCAUUAUGUUGGUGUUCCAACAAUGAGAGAUGAUCCUAAACUGGUUUGGUUUGAGCAUGCAGGCGAUAUUCAAAAUGACAGACUAUACAAAGAGGACUAUCACAAAACAAAGGCCAAAAUCAAUAUACCUGCUGAUAUGGUAUCCAUCUUGGCUGCCAAGGAGGGGCAAACCCUUGUCAGUGACAUUGAUUACCGUAAUUACCUGCACCAAUGGACGUGUCAUCCUGACCAAAAUAAUGUUAUUCAGGCAAGGAAGGCCUAUGACCUACAGAGUGAUAAUAUCUACAAAGCUGACCUGGAAUGGCUCCGAGGCAUUGGCUGGAUGCCCCUGGAUUCUGUGGACCAUGUGAGGGUUACUAAGAACCAGGAAAUGGUGAAUCAGAUAAAAUAUAAGAAAGAUGCUCGUGACAACUAUCCUAAUUUUACAAGUGUGGUGGAUCCUCCAGAGAUUGUUUUGGCCAAGAUUAACUCAGUCAAUCAAAGUGAUGUGAAAUAUAAAGAAACAUUUAAUAGAGACAAGGGCAAAUACAUAUUUUCUCCAGAUACGCCACAUAUCUCCCACUCCAAAGACAUGGGGAAACUCUAUAGUACUAUACUGUAUAAGGGGGCAUGGGAGGGAACCAAGGCCUAUGGCUAUACCUUGGAUGAGCGCUAUAUUCCAAUUGUUGGAGCCAAGCAUGCUGACUAUGUAAAUAGUGAGCUUAAAUACAAAGAGACAUAUGAAAAGUUGAAGGGCCACUACCUGGCUGGAAAAGAAAUCAGUGAGUUCCCUGGUGUGGUUCACUGUCUGGAUUUCCAACAAAUGAGGAGUGCGUUGAACUACAGAAGACAUUAUGAGGACACCAAAGCAAAUGUUCAUAUCCCCAAUGAUAUGAUGAAUCAUGUCCUGGCUAAAAAAUGCCAGUACAUCCUCAGUGAUCUGGAGUAUCGGCACUACUUUCAUCAGUGGACAUCUCUUCCAGAAGAGCCCAACGUUGUACGCGUCCGAAACGCCCAGGAGAACUUGAGUGAUAACGUGUAUAAAGAUGACUUGAAUUGGCUGAAAGGCAUUGGAUGCUACGUUUGGGAUACACCCCAGAUCCUGCAUGCCAAGAAAGCAUAUGACCUCCAGAGUCAGCUACAAUACACAGCAGCAGGUAAAGAAAACCUACAAAACUAUAACAUGGUCACAGAUACACCACUUUAUGUGACUGCUCUUCAAAGUGGCAUUAAUGCCAGUGAGGUGAAAUAUAAAGAAAAUUAUCAUCAGAUUAAGGACAAAUAUACAACAGUUCUAGAAACAGUGGAUUAUGACAGAACCAAGAAUCUGAAGAGUCUGUAUAGCAGUAACCUGUACAAGGAGGCCUGGGAUAAAGUAAAAGCCAUCAGCUACGUUCUGCCUACCAGCACCAUGUCCCUGACACACGCCAAGAACCAGAAGCAUCUGGCCAGCAAUAUCAAAUAUCGGGAAGAGUACGAAAAGUUCAAAGCUCUUUAUAGUUUACCAAAAAGUGUUGACGAUGAUCCGAACACAGCUCGAUGCCUCCGAGUUGGCAAGCUAAACAUCGAUCGUCUGUACAGAUCAGUUUAUGAAAAGAACAAGAUGAAAAUCCACACUGUGCCCGACAUGGUGGAGAUGGUUACUGCUAAGGAUACUCAGAAGAAAGUCAGUGAGAUUGAUUACCGCCUACACCUCCAUGAUUGGAUUUGCCACCCCGACUUGCAAGUCAAUAGCCACGUCCGGAAAGUCACAGAUCAGAUUAGUGAAAUUGUAUACAAGGAUGACCUUACUUGGCUGAAAGGCAUCGGUUGCUAUGUCUGGGACACUCCUGAAAUUCUCCAUGCCAAACACGCUUAUGAUCUGCGCAACGAUAUAACGUACAAAGCUCAUGCACACAAAACAAGAAACAACUACAAAUUGGUCACUGAUACGCCAGUCUACGUCCAAGCUGUCAAAAGCGGGAAACAGCUAAGUGAUGCUGUCUACCACUAUGACUAUGUACGUAGUGUCAGAGGCAAAGUGGCUCCAACAACUAAAACUGUGGAUCUGGACCGUGCGCUGCAUGCGUACAAGCUCCAGAGUGAGAAUUUGUACCGACGACCUGGCCUGCACUCCCUGCCCACUGGAUAUAGGCUUCCAGUCGAUACUCGUCACUUCAAACACAACAAGGAUAUCCGAUAUAUGAGCAGUUAUUUCAAGUACAAAGAAGUUUAUGAGCACAUCAAGGCAAAUGGGUAUACACUUGGCCCCAAUGAUGUUCCAUUUGUCUAUGUUCGGAGGGUCAACAAGGUUACCAGCGAGAGACUGUACCGAGAGUUGUACCACAAACUAAAGGACAAGAUUCACACAACUCCUGACACGCCUGAAAUCCGCCAGGUCAAAAAGACGCAAGAAGCUGUCAGCGAGUUGAUCUACAAGUCAGACUUCUUCAAGAUGCAGGGCCACAUGAUCUCCUUGCCAUACACACCGCAAGUGCUCCAUUGCCGCUACGUGGGAGAUAUCACUAGCGAUAUUAAAUACAAAGAGGACUUGCAGGUCUUAAGGGGCCUGGGCUGCUUCCUGUACGACACUCCCGACAUGGUCCGUUCCCGGCACCUGCGGAAGCUGUGGUCUAAUUACGUGUACACUGAUAAAGCAAGAAAGAUGCGCGACAAAUACAAAGUGGUGCUUGACACACCAGAAUACAGAAAAGUGCAGGAACUGAAGACACAUCUGAGUGAGCUGGUAUACAGAGCUUCAGGCAACAAGCAAAAGUCAAUCUUUACUUCAGUUCCUGAUACUCCUGAUCUUUUAAGAGCCAAGAGAGGGCAGAAGCUUCAGAGUCAGUAUCUGUAUGUUGAACUUGCCACCAAAGAGAGACCCCAUCAUCACGCUGGCAACCAGACCACAGCCUUGAAGCAUGCUAAAGACGUGAAGGAUAUGGUCAGCGAGAAAAAGUACAAGAUUCAGUAUGAGAAGAUGAAGGACAAGUACACCCCAGUUCCAGAUACGCCAAUCCUCAUCAGAGCCAAGAAGGCUUACUGGAAUGCCAGUGAUCUACGCUACAAAGAAACAUUUGAAAAGACCAAAGGGAAAUACCACACUGUGAAGGAUGCUCUGGACAUUGUUUAUCAUCGCAAAGUCACAGAUGACGUCAGUAAAGUGAAGUACAAGGAGAACUACAUGAGCCAGUUGGGAAUUUGGAGAUCCAUUCCUGAUCACCCAGAGCACUUCCACCACCGGGCAGUCACCGAUGCCAUCAGUGAUGUAAAAUAUAAAGAAGAUUUGACCUGGCUGAAGGGCAUUGGUUGCUAUGCCUAUGAUACCCCUGACUUUAAUCUGGCUGAAAACAACAAGAUUCUCUACAGCAAGUAUAAGUAUAAAGAGGUAUUUGAAAGGACGAAGUCAGAUUUCAAUUAUGUUGCCGACUGUCCAAUCAAUAGGCAUUUCAAGUACGCAACUCAGUUGAUGAAUGAGAAAAAAUACAGAGCUGAUUACGAGCAGCGGAAAGAUAAAUACCACCUGGUGGUCGAUGAGCCUAGACAUCUGCUGGCUAAGACCGCAGGGGAACAGAUCAGCCAGAUCAAGUACAGGAAAAAAUAUGAAAAAUCAAAAGACAAAUUCACCUCAGUUGUGGACACUCCAGAACACCUGCGAACUACAAAAGUCAACAAACAAAUCAGUGAUAUACUUUAUAAACUGGAAUACAACAAGGCCAAACCCAGAGGCUAUAUCACAAUCCAUGACACCCCCAUGUUGCUGCACGUCCGCAAGGUUAAGGAUGAAGUCAGUGAUCUAAAAUACAAAGAAGUUUACGAAAGAAAUAAGUCCAGCUGCACCAUUAAGCCAGACGCUGUUCAUAUCAAAGCAGCCAAGGAUGCCUACAAAGUCAACACCAACCUGGACUACAAGAAGCUGUAUGAAGCAAACAAAGCCCACUGGAGGUGGACGCCUGAUCGACCAGACUUCAUCCAGGCAGCCAAGUCAUCCCUGCAGCAAAGUGAUUUUGAAUACAAACUGGACCGAGAGUUCCUCAAGGGUUGCAAGCUUUCUGUCACUGAUGAUAAAGACAUGGUGCUGGCCCUGAGGAAUUCUUUGAUCGAAAGCGAUCUAAAAUACAAAGAGAAACAUGUCAAGGAAAGAGGAACCUGCCACGUUGUACCCGACACUCCUCAGAUUCUACUGGCAAAGACUGUCAGCCAUCUGGUGUCCGAGAACAAGUACAAGGACCAUGUCAAGAGGCACUUGGCCCAGGGCUCAUACACAACACUGCCAGAGACUCGUGACACUGUUCAUGUCAAGGAAGUGACCAAGCAUGUCAGUGAUACAAAUUACAAAAAGAAGUAUGUCAAGGAGAAAGGAAAGUCCAACUACUCCAUCAUGCUGGAGCCACCAGAGGUGAAACACGCUAUAGAAGUGAACAAGAAGCAGAGUACCGUCGCUUACAAAAAAGAUGCCAAAGAGAACCUGCAUUACACCGCAGUAGCAGAUCGGCCAGACAUCAAGAAGGCCACGCAGGCAGCCAAACAGGCCAGUGAGGUGGAAUACAGAGCUAAGUACCGCAAGGAAGGCAGUCAUGGCUUAAGCAUGCUUGGUCGCCCAGACAUUGAAAUGGCCAAGAAGGCAGCCAAGCUGAGCAGCCAGAUUAAAUAUCGAGAAAAUUUCGACAAAGAGAAGGGCAAGACACCAAAAUACAAUCCAAAAGACAGCCAGCUCUACAAAGUCAUGAAAGAUGCCAAUAAUCUCGCAAGUGAGGUUAAAUACAAGGCAGACCUAAAGAAACUUCACAAACCUGUGACUGACAUGAAGGAAUCCCUGAUAAUGAAUCAUGUCCUUAAUACAAGCCAACUUGCCAGUUCUUACCAGUACAAGAAGAACUAUGAGAAGAGCAAAGGCCACUAUCACACAAUACCUGAUAAUCUGGAGCAGCUGCAUCUAAAAGAGGCCACAGAAUUACAGAGUAUAGUGAAAUACAAGGAAAAGUUUGAAAAGGAACGAGGAAAGCCCAUGUUGGACUUUGAAACACCAACAUACAUCACUGCCAAAGAGUCUCAGCAAAUGCAGAGUGGGAAAGAGUAUAGGAAAGAUUAUGAAGAGUCCAUUAAAGGCAGAAACCUGACUGGCCUGGAGGUCACGCCAGCUUUAUUACAUGUCAAAUAUGCCACCAAAAUAGCAAGCGAGAAAGAGUACAGGAAAGAUCUAGAAGAAAGCAUCCGUGGGAAGGGCCUCACUGAAAUGGAAGAUACUCCUGACAUGCUUAGGGCAAAGAACGCCACGCAAAUCCUCAACGAGAAAGACUAUAAGAGAGACCUGGAGCUAGAAGUCAAAGGAAGAGGCCUGAACGCCAUGGCCAAUGAAAUUCCCGAUUUUAUGAGGGCCAGGAAUGCUACUGAUAUUGCCAGUCAGAUUAAAUAUAAGCAAUUAGCAGAAAUGGAAAAAGCCAAUUUCACCUCUGUGGUUGAUACUCCGGAGAUCAUUCAUGCCCAACAAGUCAAGAAUCUUUCAAGCCAGAAAAAGUACAAGGAAGACGCAGAGAAGUCCAUGCCAUAUUAUGAGACUGUUUUGGACACCCCUGAGAUGCAGAGAGUCCGGGAGAACCAAAAGAACUUCAGCCUUCUCCAAUACCAGUGUGACCUUAAAAACAGUAAAGGAAAAAUUACAGUUGUUCAAGACACACCAGAAAUACUGCGUGUUAAAGAAAAUCAAAAGAAUUUCAGCUCGGUUUUAUAUAAAGAGGAUGUCUCACCAGGAACGGCGAUUGGAAAGACUCCUGAGAUGAUGAGAGUGAAGCAAACUCAGGACCAGAUUAGCUCGGUAAAGUAUAAGGAAACAAUUGGACAAGGAACUCCUAUUCCUGACCUGCCUGAAGUGAAACGUGUCAAGGAGACACAGAAGCACAUUAGCUCGGUUAUGUACAAAGAAAACUUGGGAACAGGCAUUCCAACCACUGACACUCCAGAGAUUCAGAGAGUGAGACGCAAUCAAGAGAACUUUAGCUCGGUGUUGUAUAAAGAAAACCUCGGGAAAGGGAUCCCAAUUCCCAUCACUCCAGAGAUGGAGAGAGUCAAACACAAUCAAGAAAACUUUAGCUCGGUGUUAUACAAAGAAAACUUGGGCAAGGGAAUCCCUUUACCUGUCACUCCAGAGAUGGAGAGAGUCAAACACAAUCAAGAAAAUAUUAGCUCGGUUUUGUACAAAGAAAAUGUGGGGAAAGGCACCCCAACCCCUGUCACUCCAGAGAUGCAGAGAGUCAAACGCAAUCAAGAAAACAUUAGCUCGGUGUUGUACAAAGAGAAUCUGGGGAAAGCAACCCCCACACCCUUUACUCCCGAGAUGGAAAGAGCCAAACGCAAUCAAGAAAACUUUAGCUCGGUAUUGUACAAAGAGAAUAUGAGAAAAGCAACUUCAACACCUGUUACUCCAGAGAUGGAGAGAGCUAAGCGCAACCAAGAAAACAUUAGCUCGGUAUUAUAUUCUGACAGCUUCCGGAAACAAAUACAAGGCAAAGCUGCCUAUGUCAUGGACACUCCAGAGAUGAGACGGGUGAAGGAGACCCAACGCCACAUCUCAACGGUGAAAUAUCAUGAAGACUUUGAAAAACACAAGGGUUGCUUCACACCAGUGGUGACGGACCCUAUCACUGAGAGAGUAAAAAAGAACACACAGGACUUCAGUGACAUUAACUACCGAGGUAUUCAGAGAAAAGUGGUAGAGAUGGAGCAAAAACGGAACGACCAGGACCAGGAAACUAUUACAGGUUUGCGUGUCUGGCGCACUAAUCCUGGCUCGGUUUUUGACUAUGAUCCAGCGGAAGACAAUAUUCAAUCUCGAAGCUUACACAUGGUUAAUGCGCAAGCUCAGCGCCGAAGCCGGGAGCAGUCGCGAUCUGCUAGCGCACAGAGCAUCAGCGGCGGCGAGGAGAAGUCUGAGCAUUCUGAAGCUGCCGACCACCGUCUCUCCACCUACAGCGACAGGGGCGUCUUAGUCAACGCAACUUCCCCAGCUUACAAACGCGUGAAAACCACAGAGCUCCCGCAACAACGGUCAUCUUCAGUUGCUACCCAGCAGACCACAGUAUCUUCUAUCCCAUCUCAUCCGUCUACUGCUGGAAAAAUCUUCCGUGCCAUGUAUGACUAUAUGGCCGCUGAUGCAGAUGAGGUGUCCUUCAGAGAUGGAGAUGCUAUCGUAAAUGUUCAAGCUAUUGAUGAAGGUUGGAUGUAUGGCACUGUGCAGAGGACGGGCAGAACAGGCAUGCUUCCCGCCAACUAUGUUGAAGCUAUUUAGGUGCUUCAAAGCAUCUAUCACGCCUAUCAGCCAGACUUACAAAUCCUGUGGUGAAUAAUUGUUUAGACUCUCCACUAUCACCCGUUCUCAAGCUGCCUAAUGGUUUUUCUGUGUAUGACUUAUGACUGUUCCGUCCUUAAUUUGUUUCUAUGUGAACCCCAAUAAUUAUCCACUAAAACAAACAUUAUCGUCACUAACUUUUCCAAUGAUUAAACUAGAUUUACUUUCCUCAUUAUUUCCUGGACGUGCACAUAAAAUUUAGAGGCAACAUUAAAUCUUUAAGUUCUUUAUUUUAAAAGCUGCCAUUAUUACAUUUUCUUUUGGGUUUUAAAGUACGUUCAAUUUCAGAAUAGACAUUUUGAGCUUCUGCAAUGUUAUAUUAUUGUUCCAUCAAGCCAGAAUCGUUCUUCAUUAUGAAUAUGUUUACCAUUAUCUCCUUUCUAAAACAAGGAUUCUGAACAUGCUAAAUACAUUAAAGGAAAAAUGGCAGAGAUAAGUCACGUUUUCCUUGCUUACUGAAUGCUGAUGCUUGUAUUUCUAAUCCAGUUCUGAAGUUAUGAAGCUGAUAUUUAAUGAAAACUGGUGAUAAAUUGGUAACUAAUAAAAUCUGGAAGUCUGCAACAAGCUCCACUGAUGGAAUGAGCAUUAUUUAUUUUUAAUGGUUUUUAACAUCUACAAAAAUUUUCAAUAAAGCAAACUCCUUAGUAUAUUUGCCUAAAAAAAUUACUCAAAACUUAAAAAAAAAUAGUAGUUAAAAAUGCGCACAAGUAGACCUCCUUGAAACCUUAUCUGUACCACUCAGUAAGCUUUCCUUAUGGCUCAGAUUAUAACGUUUUAGAAACAGCCAUGAGAUCCAAGCCUGACCUCAGGGGAUCUUCUCCAGCUGUAUCCAGUGGGCUGGCAGCACGUGGCAGAGUGUUAGAGGGUCCAAGUGGGGAGUGCCAACCAAUAAUGGCUUAAUGGAAAACAGACUACCAUUCCUAAAAGGUGAAAGAUCUUUCCAUAUAACUUUGGAGCUGUAGUAACACUGCUGUCCGCAUUUCUUAGUCUCCCUGAGACUCACGGAGUGUGAAU